AAAUAGAAUUGUGAUUAAAAUGUGUCGCGGAAUAUGAGAGAUAUUGAUGUUGAGAAGUACAAUUUAACGAAAACGCGUAGCGCACUAUUUAGUGGGUCUCGUCUGUGCGGAUGGAUAUUUCGAAGACGUCAGCACACAUGUUGAUACAUUUCGGCCUCCAUGUGACGGACAGUGGCAAACUCGCGGCAAAACACAGAUAAAAAAGUAUCCUUGAAAGAACAUCUAAGAACUUCAAGAAGUCUUGAAGGAAGUGCAGACGUCUUGCCAGGAUGUCCCAAGGCUCCAACCCUCCCCUCAGCCAGGAGACCUUCAACCAGCUAUGGAAUCAGAUCAACUCUGUUACAGAUCAGGGGGCCUUGACCCAGGCAGUGACCCAGCCGCUGGACUAUGAGUUCAGCGAGGCCGACACCGGACAGAACAGGAUUGACUUCGAGGUGAAGAGUUACCAGCUCAAGGCCAUGGACAGCUUUGAACUGAUGACUGGUCAGCUGAGCCAGCUGCCAUCCCUUCCCAACGUGUCCAGCAGUUUCCUGAAUGCUCUCGGGGGCAACGACCCUGACCAACCGAGCACCAGCGCCGGCCUCACCGCCGGACUCACCACCUUCACAGCGACGCCCAGCAACGUGCCCAACACGUCUCCGGGUGUGGCACCCGGAGCACCUAGCAACUGUGCGACACCUGGCAGCCCUUACUCUGCCACCAGUGAGCAUAACACCACUCCACCCCCAAUGUAUCCUGUACAAUCCCCAGUUGGACAGAUCCCAUCCAAUACUGACUACUCUGGCCCACUGGGAUUCGAGUUUUCCUUCGGACCACAACAGACCAACACAGCGAAGAGUGCCACCUGGACAUACUCAGAAGUCCUGAACAAGCUGUACGUCAGAAUGGCGCUGACCUGUCCGGUCAAGUUCAAGACCAGGCUUCCCGUUCCUCACGGUUGUUUCAUCCGCGCCAUGCCGCUGUACAAGAAACCUGAGCACGUGACGGAGGUAGUGCGCCGCUGCCACAACCACACCGCUGCGAAGGAGUUCAAUGACCACCCUGCUCCUUCUCACCUGAUCCGUGUGGAAGGAAACCCGAAUGCUCAGUACUGGGAGGACCCACACACACACAGGCAGAGUGUCACCAUUAUGUACGAGAGCCCACAGGCUGGUACAGAGUACAACACUGUCCUGUACAACUUCAUGUGCUUCUCCUCGUGUGUGGGAGGGCUGAACAGGAGGCCUACACAGGUCAUCUUCACUCUGGAGAACAGCCAGGGCCAGGUGUUGGGGCGCCGUGUUGUGGAGGUGCGGAUCUGUGCCUGUCCUGGGAGAGACCGGAAGACAGAGGAGAGAUCGUUCAACAAGACUCACGGGAACCAGUCGUCCGAGUCCACACCCGUCAAGAACAAGAAAGGUGUGAAAAGGAUGUCUCAAGGCUUCACCAUCACUACCCUGGGCAGUAAGAAGAGAAAGACACACGACGACAAUGUCUACUAUGUACCGGUACGAGGCAGAGAGAACUAUGAGAUCUUGAUGCGGAUUAAGGAGUCCCUGGAACUGAUGCAGAUGAUCCCCAAAGCUCAGGUGGAACAGUACCGUGCUACUCAGGCCAACCUCUCCAAAAUACCGUCCCUCCACACAGCGCUGAACAGAACAGACUCGUUCAACAACUCUCCCCUCCACAAUGACCACAAGCAGGACCACACCCCUAACUCCCAGUUUGACCACUCCGGCGCGUCCCACAGCAGUACGGACACCAUCUCUCCUCACAACGGGCACCCACCGGCAGACACGGAGGGAACCGUCGCUGACUGGCUGACUAAGCUGGGUUGUGCCUCCUGUAUCGAGACCUUCCACCGCAGGAGGAUCAACUUUGUGUCACAGCUGGAGGAGAUUAAUCUACAGGACCUACAUGAGAUGAAACUAACAGAGAGACUGGUGGACAAGAUUUGGAAAGGAAUCAUUGAGUACAAGGCUGCGAAGGACUUUUCAGACACACCCUCACUACUGAGAAGAAGCAGCACAGCAUCAACAGUGGACCUCAACGGCUCGGGCGGGGCCCUGCCUCCCGGGGGACUGGUGGAAGCCACACGCUUCACUCUGAAACAAACCAUCUCAUUGGAUGACAUCAAGGUGAAACAGGAGAGGCUUGAGGAGGAGGAGGAAGAGGAGUGGGAGGAGGAGGAGGUGGGGGAGAUGGGGCUCAAUCAACAGACUGACCAUGACUAUGUUUAAAGAAACCGAAGCACUCUGUAAAUAGCCUUUGAUGAAAGUCACUAAAGCUUGGACCAGGUAGUUAACGUACCUGCUAGUUUAGAUACUGGUGUAGCUAAUACUAUAACACCAGUUUGUUCUGUAUUUGAGACAUCUCACAGUUUGAGAUUGAAAACAAUACCAGUUUAAAUAUGCAGUAGUAGUGUUAAAUUGGUAGAUUAAAUAGACCGUACAGAAAGAUCUGUGAUAUUCACAUGAUUAACGUUAUAUCUUGAAGAGUGAAAGGUUCAUGAAAGUUUGAUAACUUUAGAAAUGACUGAGACUUACUCAAAUCACCCUGAAGGUAGCCAACAGAUGGUAGUCUUAUAUAACGUCCUUGGUAGAACGAAAGGGCUAGUUUGGGGACAUCGUUUUCUUAGCCAGUCUGGUCACUGGUUCUGUUACCAACCUUGUAAAUAUCAUUAUGCUAAAGGCAGCAGUGUUUGACCUAACCAUGUUGGGCUGUAUUCUGAGCUGUAACCUAGGAUAACUAACCUCGACUGUGGGACUUGUGUUCUCUCGUAGUAUUGAAAAAUGUAAGGUGGACUGAGUAAACCAUACCAUCGCUGGCAUUCCUUUACAAUGUGGUAUGACAUACAAUGUAUUUUGUGUCUGAUAGGGUUUGUUACACAUGUAUUUCCUUGCCCAUUAGUUACAACGCUAAAAAAGAGCAUUCGUGUCAUGGGACAAUAAGAUGUAAUAACAUUGUGCAUACACCUCUGAAUCUGGACUGUGAAACUUAAAAGGACUGUUCAACAAAGAAGUCAACAAUGUGAACUUCAAGAAUACAUUUUGUGAAGUUCAAAAAUACAUUUGUUGAUUACUUUUCCUGCUGGCUUUUAGAAUAAUGCUGUCAACUGUUACAUAAUUUGUCAUCUUUGUUUGUUGAAGAAUGGCCAUAUUAUGUAGUGCAUUACUUUGAACUAAAUGUGUAUACGUAGAAGGAAAGUACAUAUAGACCUACUGUAUUGAAGAUUAUUGGACACUAACAGUCUGUUCCUCGACUGGUGCUCAUAACAGUUUUGGAUAAAAACACUCAGUAUCAAACAGCAAGUCAUAUUUUUGUGUAAAUAUUAGUUAUUAUUGUUUCAAAGAACAUGACUUAAAAAGAUGUUUUGUGCCAUGUUAUUGAUACAUUGGCAUUUCAGUGUUUUGUUACAUGUUUUUACUAAGUUGUCACAUGUUGACUUUAUAUAGAGCAUAAAAUGUUCAUCUUUGUUAUAUCUGUUUUGUUUAUGGUAACAUGUU